AUGAAAGGGCAAGAUGAAACAUCGCUUGCCCAUGAGCGUAAUGAAAACUAUCUUGGAGCCGCGAAGGUGAUGCUCUCCGACAUUCAAUUUGACCCGCCUCUUCCUCGAAAUAUCAGCCAGAAAAAGCUAGACCGCUUAAAGAGCAUCUUCUACGACAAGGACUGUGAUAGGCUAAAUAUAAAUAACCGAAUACCAGGAGUCAUAUCUUCCGAGGUAUUCCGCGUUGCCAUUCAAAGUCAUGGCCUGACGGGCAAUGAUCUCAAACACACAUCGUCGGACAACCUACCGACCCUCCGAUUUGCUACCGAGCAACUGAAGGCACUCCAUGGGCGGCAUAGAAUCCAGGUAGCAUCUGAGUUCCUUUUCCCAGGGGACAAAUGGUGGGUGGUGGACUUGUACUCUGACCGUAUGUACCUUGACGAGACGAUGGGGAUGCUACGGAACUCUCUAGUAGACGAAUACUCUUACGAAUCUGCACCCACAGAUGGGGAAAUUUAUCGCAAAGUUAGGCAGUAUGAGAUUGAGGGUGAUCCUCAAUUCAGACAGCGAUGGUUUUCGCGACUCUCGAGAACAAAUCAAGCUCGAUUAGAUCAGCUUGAUAGCAGAAAAAACAGAUACCUUCGAGCUGCCUUCGAUGACCUACUCCCUGUCACGGGGCUGUGGAGGAGUGGGAUGAGAAUCAGUCUGAUUUCCCGUCUCAUCGCGGCCGAAUGCAAAGAGCAGGAGAUUACGAAGUAUCUACAUACAGUAAAAAUGUUCUGGUUUGAGUGCAUCUCGCAAGACCCAAUAGAGUUAGAAAAAGUGGGCUCAGAAGAUGUCGAGGCGCUUCAGCUAAGGCGUCCUUAUCUGGAUAGCUCGGAGAGCAGUAAUAUCCGCACCAUGAUACUAGAUGGCCGUGUAUUCUCUUCCUUUACACAAAGUGAGAGGGAGACUAUUGCGGAACGAAUCAUCAAUAUGGAUGUUUUCAUUCCUUCACUGUACAGCUUUUUCGAGGAUUUUAAAUUGCUUGAAUGUUGGUCGAAUUGCAUAAAGCGACUUUGCCCUCGUAUUCAAGAUUCCAUCCAAUCGACAUUAAGAUUUAUGUUCGAUGCUUCUUACCUCCAGGAGCUGUCUUCUAAGAAUGGGCGCAAUCCAUUCCCAAUUGAACUUGGGCAUAAUAACAUUGCAUAUGCUAAUUUAAAGGCCAAUGACACUUUUGAAAUUGGAUAUCGUGAACUGUGGCUCUAUAGCGUUCGAAACUAUCAUAGAAUGCCCCCGGAGCUAAUCAAGAGAAGCAGGUUGCUCGCAACUCCUAAUCGAGGGGAGGCGGACUACCAUACCGUGUAUAAUAUGGCUAAACUGGCGGAAAAGCUUGGCUUCCAGUCAAAGCAAACUCAAGAAAUCUUGAAUGACCCACCAGAUCGAAAGAUUGCCUAUAAUAUGCUUCUCAAGGCCAGAGAUCCUUCGACAUUCAGAUACAGCCCUGCGAAAAUGGACAAAGUCAUUGACGUGAUAGUCAAAUGUUUCGAUAUGGCAGAGGAAAUUGCUCCAACCUCAUCUGACGCUCAAAUUCCUGGUCCUGUUCACCGGUGUGGGAUUCAACAAAUUGAUGCUCAUAUUGGCAGCACAAAUAUGCUUUAUCUCACUAAGUUAUUUGACCCUACUAUUAAGAUAACAAAAGGAGCCUUAGGAACCGAACAG